CCGCUCAGAGCGCUCCGGGCGAGGAGAGCGGGCGGGCGCCGGGGGCAGGCGGGCGGGAAGCCAAGCGCACGGAGGGGGCGCGGGGCCAGCCCGGCGGCCCGGGCGCUGCAGCCCGCGGCGUCGGGGCCCCGGCCUUGGCCCUCGGCGCGUCCCUCGCACCGGGGUUCUGCGCCCAGGGCGCACGGCGGGGAGGGACGCGGCACCGGCCGCCAUGGAGCCGUCCCCCUCUGCGGACGCCGAGCUGCAGCCCCCGCUCCUAGCCAACUCUUCAGACGCCUUCCCCAGCGCCUUCCCCAGCGCCGGCGCCAAUGCGUCGGGGCCGCCGGGCGCCCGGAGCGCCUCGUCCCUCGCCCUGGCUAUCGCCAUCACCGCGCUCUACUCUGCCGUGUGUGCCGUGGGGCUGCUGGGCAACGUUCUUGUCAUGUUUGGCAUCGUCCGGUACACUAAGAUGAAGACAGCCACCAACAUCUAUAUCUUCAACCUGGCCCUGGCAGAUGCACUGGCCACCAGCACACUGCCCUUCCAGAGUGCCAAGUACCUGAUGGAGACAUGGCCCUUUGGAGAACUGCUCUGCAAGGUUGUGCUCUCCAUUGACUACUACAACAUGUUCACCAGCAUCUUCACACUCACCAUGAUGAGUGUCGACCGCUAUAUUGCUGUCUGCCACCCUGUCAAGGCCCUGGACUUCCGCACACCUGCCAAGGCCAAGCUGAUCAACAUCUGCAUCUGGGUCCUGGCCUCAGGUGUUGGUGUACCCAUCAUGGUCAUGGCCGUGACCCGCCCCCGGGACGGGGCAGUGGUAUGCACGCUCCAGUUCCCCAGCCCCAGCUGGUACUGGGAUACGGUGACCAAGAUUUGCGUGUUCCUCUUCGCCUUCGUCGUGCCCAUCCUCAUCAUCACCGUGUGCUACGGCCUGAUGCUGCUGCGCUUGCGCAGCGUGCGCCUACUCUCGGGCUCCAAGGAGAAGGACCGAAGCUUGCGGCGCAUCACGCGCAUGGUGCUCGUGGUGGUGGGCGCCUUCGUGGUGUGCUGGGCGCCCAUCCACAUCUUCGUCAUCGUCUGGACGCUGGUGGACAUCGACCGCCGCGACCCGCUCGUGGUGGCCGCGCUGCACCUGUGCAUCGCUCUCGGCUACGCCAACAGCAGCCUCAACCCCGUGCUCUACGCCUUCCUCGACGAGAACUUCAAGCGCUGCUUCCGCCAGCUCUGCCGGAUGCCCUGCGGCCGCCCGGAGCGGAGCAGCUUUAGCCGCGCCCGCGAAACCACUGCCCGCGAACGGGUCACCGCCUGCACCCCGUCCGACGGUCCCGGCGGGGGGGCGGCUGCGUGACCGCGCCGGCCGGCCCCGCCGCCGUCCUCCCACUCCCCGGGGCGACCUGGCCGACUCCCCGGGCUCGCAGGGGACGGGGCCGCGACGCGGAGUGGGGCCGAACAGGGCCCCUGUUUUGGAGAAGGGGGCCGUGCUGGAGCGGAGGCAGGGGCCGAGAGACUGGAGCCCCUGCAAGGGGGGGGGGGGGGGGGAGGGGGCGCGGAGUGGACCUCGGGUGUGGGGCGGGGCACGGGGCAAGGCGGUGGGGCGGUGCCUCCGGGCUGGGUGGGGGCGCGGUCGGCUUGGUGUUGGGUGCGAAGAGCUGGCGACCCUGGUGGAGCAGGGCCUGUGGCUCUGGGACUCGGCGGCUCAAACGGGGCCUCUGCGGUGAGCCAGCUUCCGGUUCUGGCCAGAGCAGGCUUGCUGGCCUGGGACCUGAAGAACUGGGCCCGGGACCCAGGGAGCAGUGGUAGAGUUGGAGGCUUGACAAAGGGGCUGCAAGAGUGGGUCUCUGUGUGGUGGGGCCGGGCCUCUUCUGGGGGCGAGGGGGACGGACAAGACAGUGAGGCGGCCUGCGGCUCAAGAUUGGGUCAUGAGAUAGGAUAGGGCCUGUGUGCAGGGGGUGGGCGCCUCAACCUUGGGGUAGAGUCCCAAGCCCUGAGUUCUAGCAAGAGUCGGGGCUUGCCGAGCCCUAGGUCCAACUGGACUUUAUAAAUAAAGAGAAAAUAAAACAGAGAGGGAGAGAGAAUAUACCUUUUCUGUCCUUGACAGCCAUUUUCUUGGAAUGGCUUCAGCAGUGACGUAGUGUCCCCAGCACUUUGUGCCAGUGGGCCCUGGGACAUGACAGUGGAGCAGGGCUAGCGGCUUCAGGCAGGGCCUCAGUUGGGGUAGGGUCUCCAGCCCUGAGCUCUGUGGGGCUAAGAAGGAGGUCCUGCAGCUCCAACACCAGAGCUACAAGUCAGCCUCUGAGCCAAGGGCGGUGGGCGGGCAGAGGCGAGGCUGGGGAACUUCCACUGUGACAUUAGGUCCUCAAACCGGAGGACAGACGCUUGUGGGGGGGGGGGGCGGUGUCCCAGGGGCCUGACUUCUCUGCCCAGGUACCGGAGGACGGAGGACCGCGCUAGUUAGAGCUCCAUGGACCCUGGGACUGGAUAGGGGCAUCUGAAGCACCAAUGUGGAUUUUUCUCCUCCCAGUCUUGGGUGUCUGGUAAGGACCUCCAGGAGAAAUCCUCUCCCUUCUCCCAACCCCUGGCUGCGCCCAGUGUGUCCAGUGUUUCCAAUGCUGUGUGCUUCCCAGCCAACACCCCCCCCCCCCCCCCCCCCCCCCCCCCCCCGCUUAUCCCAGCUGCCCCCUUCAAGCUGCGGAGGGCGAGUCCACCCCGAGCAAGGCAUAGAGGUUUUUCUCUUAAUGUGUUUGGCAUUUUAUUCAGGCAUUCCCAGAUCUUUGCUUUCCUGAAUAUGGGGGUCUGUCCUUGUUCCCUGAGCCUCCCCCGUGCUUCCAUCGCCUCUCCCGCCCCCUCCCCCCACAGGCGCACACACCCCUGACUCCCUAUUGAAGCAGUGAGCUGACAUCCUUGUAGAAACAAAUUAACUUUCUUCCCUUUUUGGGACAGAUGGAGAGAAAUUGACGUCUUUGUCUCAAACCACAAAAAAAAAAAAAAAAAAAAAGGAAACAAGAUACCUCUUUUCUCUUUCUCUUUGACAGUCAUUUCCUAGGAACAAAAGCCUUUCCCUUGUCUGGCUGACUGUCACUCCAGCAGGGGCUGAACUGACAUUCAGGAGGUUGCGGGCUUAGGCACCAGGUUGAGCUUUGCACAUUAGGGAUAGGGAUGCCCUUAGUUGACAAAGCACAGCCCCCUUCUCAGGGUGAGGCCCCAGAAGCUCCAGACCUGGGAAUUUUCUUCCUCCAGCAAAUGGCUCCAGUAGCACUCGGGAAGAUGUAGGACAGUGCCUAGUGACCAUAGAGACUUCUGUGUCUGAAUGGGGGUUGGGGGUGUAUCAGCAAGGUGGGGCGCUCCUCAUCACAUGGGACUCCUCUUACUAAUGCCUUUGAGAGAUGUCACAGAGAGGGGACAAUUUAGGAACUGGGGAACACUUCUGAAGAAGGUGACAUUGGAGUCAGGGCUGUUGAUUCUCUCUGCAAGGACUGUGUCCCCUUCCGCUCGCUCUCAAGGCUGCUCUGGGUCUGCUCACUGCCACUUCCUAUGGCUGUAACAGAUCUGACUGCUCUUUACUACUUCUCAUACAUAAAUUUGUCCAAAUUUGUCCUGGGGUCAGCAGAGGCUGCGUCCAGGCCAGGUGCAUCUAGGGUAAAGCAAACAUACUGAAAUCGACAUCACGCCAGGGGCUGUGCACACUGGGCACUGGGACUUCGAAAUAAGUCAGAUACAGCCCUGCCCUCAGAAAGUUCAAGCCCAUGCUGGGAGACAAGGCAUGAACAGAUCAUUGCAUCUCAGUGUGAUGCAUGCAGUGACUGCAAGCCCCAGGGAGAGUGCCUGUUGUAGGGAAGUGCCUUUCCUAGCUUUAUACUAAAACACAUUCAUAAUAAUUCUAGAAGAGAAAAGAGUCAGUCAAAGGAUCUUAAAGGAAGAGUAGGAGUUGGCUACCAAGAAGAGGGAACAGCAUGUGCAAAAGCAUGGAAAUGUUCCGGUGCUUGGUAAACCUGAGAAAAGCUGUGUGCAUUUGAAGCAUGGGGCUUAACCGAGCCCUUCCGAGUGCCAGGCUCUGAGCCAAGCACUUUAUGAACAUUAUCCCAUCCGAUCCUCGUGAGAGCCCAGUUUACACAAGAGGCUCAGAGAGGUCAAUCCACUCACCCCUCCGUCACAGAGCCUGUUAGUGGUGGCAGAACUCAGGUCAGUAGGACUCCAGGGUCCAAGGUUCUGGUGAAGCCCAGGCAUCAUUGAAAUAGAAGAGCCUUAAUUGCUGGAACCCUGGGAUGAGGAUUUUCGAAGACUUCAAACCAAAUGGAAAAAUCUGAAGGAAAAGGGCAAUUUUCCAUGAACUUUUGUUCCUCCUGAAGCUCUCCAAAUCUUCACAUUUCAAAAUGUACCGUGCAUGAUGCAUUUUAAAGCUCCAAAUUGACAGUGUAAUUCUAGAUCAUCACAGGGCUCUCAAAAGUGAAGUAGGUCUGAUUUCCCCCAAGGUUUCCAUUCCUCUCUCUUCAGGAGGUAGAAGCAAGUUUUUGCUUCUGGUUUCAAAAUGCCCUACAAUUUCGUAUCUUUUCUUGUAAUAGAAGUAGUGGUGAAAGCUGGAGUCAGAUUUUGGCUUUCCCUCUCUGUGCCUCAGUUUCCUGCUCUGCAGAAUGGACUUCCUUUACAAGGUUGUUGUGAGGAUUUAAUGAGUUAAUGUAUAGAUGGGGUCCAGAGCACAGGUAAGCUCUUAGCACAUGGUAAGUAGCUCUUAUUACCUAGAAGUGGAGCUGCAGCACAAGGUCAGAGCUGGAGACCUCGAGGGAAAAGUUGAUGAGCUUUCAGGGACAGCAAUGAAGAGGAAAGAGACGGGGGACCCACCCUGGGGAUCCCCCUGCUUUCUAGGCUCAAGAACCACAGUGGAGAGUGAGAAGCUGCCUGAGAAGCAGGAGGAGGAUGGGGAGAAUGUGUUGCCAUGGAAACUGGAGGAGGAGGGCGUUCCCGGGGGGGAGGGAAUGAUGGAUAAUGUCAGGUGUCAUAGAAGAGAGAUUGGAGGUGGGGAGGGCAGGAGGGUGAUGGGAAUAAACCAGAGCCUUCAAGUUGAGUUUCCUACGUGCCUUGGGAAGGCCUAAAUCUGGAUUCAAAGCUCUGAAGCUAACUGGCUGUGUGACCUAGGCAAGGGAUUUGCCCUCUCUGAGUUUAUGUUUUCUCUUAGCUCUAAGAUGAGGGAGUGGAUGAGUCUCUAGUAUGAUGUUCAGUCUCUAAUAAGAGUCCUGGUUUUGCUGGAUUCUUGGCCGCUUGCCAGCAGUAUGAUCUUAGGCAGGUAACUUCACUUCCACGAGCCCCAUCUGAAGACUAGGGAUGUGGUGAGGGAGGUGCCUGCCAAAGUGCCUGGCACAUAGUAGGCCCCCAAUACAGAAUUAUUCUGUGACAAUAGUGGGGAGUCAGAGGCAGCUGUCUAAGGAGGUUUGCUUAGCUUGGAAUUUGAAAUGCUCCUCAAGGUGGAGGAAGCCCCCAGGGCCCUGAGAGGACUUGGAGGAGCACAGUCCAGACUGAGCCCCCACCAGGCCUCUGCCCAAAGGCCAGCCUCUCUGUUUUCAGCAGUGGAUCCUUAGCCUGGCCUCUGGCCACCUUCUCUGCCUGGACCUACUGCAGAUCCAGGCUGGGAACCAGCUCAGAGGCUCCAAACCCCUAGGGAGUGACCCCACUCCCACCCCCACCUCCAGAACAUGGUCCCAGCACUCACACACAGCACUACACACAACUUUCUCUUGUCAUUUAUGUAUUCCUUAUUAUUUUUUCAUUCCUGGGCACUGAGCACAUGGUGCUGGCGGCUCCGGGGAGUGUGGGGAGAGAGGGCCUGGGCCCGACCCCAACUCCGAGCUUACAGAUGUUGGGGGACCGGAGGAGACUGGGGACUAGCACAGCCCGCUGUGGGGUUCUGGCAGCAGGCAGCUUGGGAGUUGAAAAUGGGGCCCAGAGGGGCUGGUGAGAGCCUUCGUUUAUCCUGACGUGGUAGAGCGCUGGGCUGGGUGCUGCGCAGGUUCUGGCCCCAUCAGCAGUGCCGGCCAUGAGCCCCCCACCUGGUGCAGAGUGCUCUCCCACCCACCUCAGCGAGAGGCCAGUAGAGCAAGAAUAGUGUGUGAUACACAGCCCCCGUCUCUGUUCCAAGCGCUUUACAUGGGUAAUUUAUUUCAUCUUCACAGCAUGACUAUGAGGUAGGCGCUAUUACAAUGAUUACCCCUACGUUACAGAUGAGGAAACUGAGGCUCAGCGAGGGGAGUGGCCUGCCCAAGGCCACAUGGCUUGCCCAUGGCUGCGCCAGCUAGGAUCCCAUCUUAGAUCGGUCAAGUUCACUUCCUCUGCUUUUCCCCACCUUCCUCCCACGAGGAAACUGAUUACUCAGAGGGCACUGGACGGGUGUCCAGCUCAGAGUCACAGACGGAGCCUUCCCGGUGCUGGGUUCUGUGUCUCAUCACCUGGGCAGGUGAUGAGGUAGUCAUAGUUUCCCAGUUUCCCAAGAAACUGCCUUGACCUUGGCAGGUCCCUCUGUCCAUCCAUUCCCUCUCUGCCUUGGAAGGCUUGCUCGUUCUAUGAUUUUUCAGCUGCCUGCUAUGACUUUGCUGUAUGACCUUGGGCAAGUCACUUCACCCUUGGAGCCCCUUUCCUCAGUCGUGGAUGACAACACAAGAAGUUGUGAAGAUUUACAAAAAGGCCUGUCUGUUUCUGUCACACAAAUGUUGCCUGUAACCGGCACACAGUAUUCUCCUGAGUGGAUGAAUGAAGCAUCUGAUGCAGAGUAAAUGCUCAACAGUGGAGCUUUUAAUGUGAUCUAACAUUUUAGGUUAUACCUGCUCUGACCCACAUCUCUUAAUGCUGUAGGUGGGUCAGGAGCAAAGAACUUUCUCUUUUAACCGUCUCCUCGAGUUUCAGGAGAUGGGACAGCAUGCAUUGGAGAGGGAAUUUUCAAGAGGACGUCUUCUCCCCAAGUGCUUUAUACGUAGGUGUCCCCUUUUGUCUUCACCAAGACUGCCCUCUCCGGCACCUAAGAGGGAGGCACAGUCUGGGAGGAAUGAAAAAUCCCUAGGUGGCACCGGCCUGGGCCCUCUGGCCAGAACACUUGAGUCAUGGGGAUGGAGCCCCUUGGCAGGUGUCCAUGCAGGUGACAUCCACCUGAUGGGGCUCAUCUUCCAGGAUCUCCUCUUGGAAUAAGUCCCCAGCCAGGAGACAGGGAACGUGGGUUUGACUCUGUCCUCCACUUCCUGCUAUGUAUAUUUGGGCAGGCCUCUGUCCCUCUCUGGGCCUCAUACAAUGGAGGGACAGAGGUAGGAGUUGAUGGGUUCUGAGGGCUCUGACAUGCUGGGAGAGAACAGAGACCUUUCCCUUCUGUUCCUUGAUCCCAGAAACAGACAUCUGCUGGUAAAAACCACUGGGCAUUUGUCCAAGGCAGAGGAAAGGAUGCCUGGGGGUCUGGUGUUUGUAGUUGGAGCUGCCCUGCUUUGGGGAUGAGGGAGGCAGGCAUGUCAAAAUGAAGCUUGACUCAUACACCUGGCUUUUUGCCUAUCCCAGGUCCUAUCAUGGUACCAAGGACCAACCUUCUGUUUUCCCAAUAAAGAAAAGCACUAUUCUCGGUGUCCACA